CCGAGCUCAGAUGGAUGCUGCUAUUUGUGUUCAGCUUUUGUUGGCUGCCACCCUGUGGAUGAUGCCCCACAUGGGAGCUGCUGCUGCUGCUGCUGCUGCCGCCGCCGCUGCUGCUGUGCGGUCAGGCUCCACAGAGCAUCUCAACGUGACCAGAGCUGGAAGUGAGAUGCACUCUGACUUCAAGUUGCUCGCCACAGCUAGCAGUGUGUCUCACAGCAGGCAUAAGCGAGCCAUUUCAUCCAGGGAGAUAAAUGCCCUGCUGGAUUAUCACAACCGAGUCCGCUCUCAAGUCUUUCCCCCUGCGGCUAAUAUGGAGCACAUGCUCUGGGAUGAGGGAUUGGCUAAGUCAGCUGACUCAUGGGCUUCACUGUGCAUUUGGGAUCACGGUCCAACACAAGCCAUGAAAUACAUGGGUCAGAACCUCUCGAUCACCUCAGGAAGGUACCAGUCUAUCACUGACCUGAUCAGGUCCUGGUAUGAUGAGAGGCAUCACUUCUCUUACCCCAACAGAUGCACUGGAUCUAUUUGCUCUCACUACACUCAGAUGGUGUGGGCGAGCACCAGCAGAGUGGGAUGUGCUGUGAGGAAGUGUUCCAGUGUGCACGUGUUUGGGAGCAGCUGGAGGGAGGCCACACUGCUGGUUUGCAACUACUCUAUAAACUUCGGCAUUGCGGACUACUGAGCAAUACAUUGCAUUCAGUUAAAUGAAGUCAAAUUAUUCAGAGAAUAAUCAAUAUUUCUAUAUUACUGUUUUUUAGACUGUAGUAUUGUGACUUCUUACCACUUCUACCAUCAUGAUAUACAGUAUCAUAGUGACAGACCUGGUGUUUU